AUGAGCAACACGCUAUAUAAUCAUUGUCUCAAAUUAAUUAAUUCUAUCUCAAAAGACCUCGAUGGCUUGGAAACCGGAAUUGCCGAAGAUUCUAGCGCCAUAGCUCUAGCAGGAAGACAAGGUCAAUUGACUGCCUCUUUACUGUCGCUCUCGCGUUCUCUUGAUGACUAUGAGAGCAUGGCCAAACGUGAACUUGAUGCUGCUAAGAAAACCAAGGCUUUGGCGCGUGUCAAAGACUUUCGGACGAAGUUGUCUCAGCUUAGAGAACGGUUUGCGGAAAUGAAAACGCAAUUGGAGGACGUUGCCCACAGCCGUAACCGAAAGGAAUUACUUAGUCGUCGUGGAUUCUCUCACGAGAAAUCGGAAAACCCUUAUGCAUCGUCUUCUGCUGCUGCAUACGCUACCGAAUCCAACACAGCCAGUUCCAUGACGCGCCAACAGGGUUUGCUGCACGAAGACUCCUUUUUAAACCGUGCAGAAAGCCAAAUUGACGAAUAUCUUGAGCGUGGCCGACUGGUACUGGGUGAUUUGGUGGAACAGGGCACUAUGCUUAAGUCAACCAAGCGAAAGAUACUCGAUGCUGCAAACACACUUGGAAUAACACGCAAAACCAUCGCUUUCAUUAACCGCCGAUCUCGUCAGGACAAGAUUCUUUUCGUUUUGGGAGCCAUAGUCACGUUCACCUGCUUUUACUUGAUUGUUAGAUGGCUGCGUUAG